GAUUGCAUCUAUGGGGGAGAACCAGAAGUCGAGAAUAUUGACGAUCAAGUAGAGUUGUGGAAGCUCGCUGGCGCCUACGGUUUGUCAAUUCUUGCAGCCGAGAUUGCGUCAGCAUGGCGAGCAUCGCUGGACGGCGCGAGCGCUCUGAAGCUGCUGCCCCAGAUUUGGUCUCACGAUGAACUUGAUGAUCUCACCUUGCUGUGCGAAGAGCAGCUCGUCCACAACUUCUCGGAAUGCGCUGAGCUCGAGGACUUUGCUCAUUUGACGCAUGAGCAGCUGGGGAGACUCCUGCAAAGUAGUGACCUGAAUGUGACAAGGGAAGAGGCUGUGCUGCAAGGGGUUCUCAAAUGGGUGAACGCCUCAAAAGGAGACAGAACAGCUUUCUUCGGAAUGCUUUUGCAACAGGUGGAUUGUCCGUCACUGUCCUUGAACAGUUUGGAGCAGCUACGUCUUUGGGCCCAAUCUGCUGGCACAGUCGGUCCUGGCUUGAGCAAGUCAGUCAAGAGCGCCAUGCAACUCCACCGAAAGAGGCAAUCUGAUGGCUUGUGGGAAAAACAUUCCCCAAAGAGGCGACGUCUGAAACAUUGGUGUCCGGAUUUGGGUGCAGAUAGCGAACGCAAUUGCCAGGCUGUCACUCCUCAUGUGAACAGUCCGAACUUUGGCUGGCAUGAUGGAGCCUUCUACAUUGCUGACCGUGUCAACAACAGGGUUCUUCGUUGCAGACCAGGCGAGAUGCACAGCCAGAUUGUGGCCGGUUCAGGAGCUUCCAUCAAUGGUUACAACGAGCUGCGAAAACCGGUCUUCGUUGCAGUGUCCCCCGCCGGAGAUCUCUUUGUUGUAGACAAGUGUCACAGAAGCUUCAGAUUACUCAAGUUCGCAAAUAGCGUUGGACAAAUCUUGCUCGAGGUUCCACACCUUCGUGGUUUGGUUUGCUCUCCAAACGGAGUGCUUUACGUUGCUGAUACUGAGAAAAUCCAGCGAUUGGAAGGCUCAGCACUGACACCGGUGAUCGAGCUUCCUUCUAAAUAUCCUAGAAAAGGGACCUUCACCUUCAUGUUUGCCACCAAGGAUGACAUCUACUUUUGUGGUGCGCCAGACAAACGCAUUUUUCGAUUCCGCCCGGGCAGCGCUAGCCCGGCCGUCGUAUCAGACUUUCAGCACGAAGGGGACGUUCACCUGCAUGGUCUGCAUGUCACUGAGCAAGGAAAGAUCUACGUUGCAGACCUGAAGGGAAAACGUAUUCUCGCGUUGAAUGCAGGGGAGACCAGGGGCGUGACAUUGGAGCUCGGACUGCCUGAUGAGGUGAGGCCAGUUGGGGUCAUCGAGCAUGACAAUUCCCUCUACAUCCUGCACUGUGAUGAGGCAUCAAACACGCAGCCCAUUUACCGAUGUCCCCUACCAGAAGCACUUGUGCUGGACAGUUCCUCAACAGUUGGGCGCAGUCAGCAUGCCGAAAAUUGUUGA